CGGUAGCAGAAAACGACAUCUCGGUCGUUCGCAGUCAACCAGUCUGUAGGAGCAUCUGCAGCUAGCUUGGCAGAGCUCUGCCGCCGUUGUUCACUGCACAUUGACAAGGUUGGAGAUACUGGAAAGCAGGAGCUAGCAACAGCGUGUUGGAGAAGAAUGGCGGUCCAGGAGCGGCACGCUGCCGCUGCCUCAAAAGCAGAAACUGUGCAACCAACAAGCCAUGUUGGAACAAAUGGAUUUCCAGCACCUACAAAAAGUCGCAGCGAGCUCAAAGGCGAAGCGGACCAGCCGAGAUUGUCACCUCUUCAACGCCGCGCACGUCACUUUAUCACCUCUUUCUUGCCAAACUUCUGGUGGUGGGCCACAGUGAUCCUGUCGGUCCCGUUCGCUGCGUAUGCUAUGAUCUAUGUCCUGGCAUACGAGCCUGCAAUUAGAGAAAUUAGUCCAGCCAAGCAAGACGGCCUACCCGACACGGGCACCUACUCCCAGGGCAUCAUCGACCACAUGCUUCUUUGGCAAGCCCACUCGCUCCUUGCCCUCGUCUACCUCGUUACGGCCCCCCUGCAGUUCAUCGACCGUGUGCGCCUGACACGUGUCCCUUUCCACCGGGCGAGUGGAUACGCCUUUCUUGCCUCGGGGGCCAUUUUAGCGGUGACUGGUGUCGUCAUGUCCCCCCACAGCGAAAUGGCCCCCGGCUUUGUGGUGACGUCAGCGAUCCUGGCGCCGGCCUGGUUGUUUUCGGCCGGAAACGCGUUGUGGAGCAUCAAGCAGAAGAGGAUGCAAGCGCACCGCGAGUGGAUGAUCAGGACUGCGGCGAUCGGAUAUUCUGUGGUAUACGUGCGGCCCGUGGCGCCUCUUAUGCACCUCUUGUUGGGCACCACAAACGCAGAGGCUUCAGUGACGGCCAUGUGGAUCUGUAUGUUGCUGUCAUUUGCCGGGAGUCAGCUGUACAUCGAGAUGAGAUACCACGGUUACGGGGGUGUCAUUCCGACUAACAGGAGAUGACUAAGUUGGCAGCUUGCCGCGCACUGAACCGCUAGUUUGUGCACUGACAUUGAGUUAGAAAAAGGAAAUGCAUUAAGAAGAGUAUGCCUGGUCCUCGAAAUCAUAGGAGGAGGCUCCGUCACGAGUUUAAACUUAUACGUCAAGGCUUCACAGGGUUUUUCCCGCUUCAAUCUUCAAUAUGUAGAACUUGACCAUUUUAGUUGUAAGUUGUAUGACUGGCAACCUGAGCAACUCCACUCGUUUUAUGCACGUUUUAUGUAGCUUCAAGAUUCCUUCGAAGCUGUAAAGCUGGACGCCCUCAUAAGAGUGAAAAGACCGCAGCUCAAAAUCAUCAAUGUUUGUAAUCAUGUCAGGGCGGCUGUUUGUUGUUAGUGCUAGACUUAUCAAAAAGUAGGAAGUUGCCUUCUUUAUCAGAUACCUCAUGGGAAGGGCAACGGUCCAUCGUACAUGGG